AUGGUCGUCAUCCAUUGCGCCUAUACCGAGCAGAUCAACCCAGCAGGCGCGACGCCCGUCUUGACACGCGAUCAGAUAUGGAAAGGCCUCCAACGGAAGAUCCGCAAGGCCCAAGACUUUGUCCCCAUCAUCACCGGCUGCGACGUGAUCGAGGAGAAAGAGAACGAAAUCACGCGAGUAGCGCACUUCAUGGAGAGGCCUGGCGUCCCCGCGAGUAGUGUGAAGGAGGUGUGCAAGAGUUAUUAUCCCACAAAGGUGAACUGCGCAACAACAACAAGCUGUCGGGUGUGCAGCUUACGCAAGCUAAUCAAUCAUUGCAUUGGAUCUGCAGGUGGAUUUUCACCAGCCUUCCGGCGCUCUGAUCACCAACACGGUCUCCGACGGUCCUGGUCUCACGGAGCAUGACUACCACAUGACCUACACUUUUGAGUGGAGGUAUCCGGAUGUUCAGGAGGGAAGCGAUGAGCACAAGAAGUUUCAGAAAGAGAGUAUCGAGGGCGCGAAGAUGGCGGUGCAUAAGAGCAUUGAGGCAAUGAGGGCAAUGGCUGCUGCUGGAGAGCUUGACUAG